AUGUUCAACGCGUACGCACUCAAGAUGGGAUGUGGCGACACCUCGGCGACAGCCGGUAACGAUCUCAUAGAUGGGUGCGAAAAUGUGGUGUACAUCAUAUACGCCGCUCCGCUCGCCAUCUCUGCUUUGAACCUCGUGUACGGACUCUCGUGCUCCAGACUUGCGAAAGGCGCAGGCGCGUUACAACUCGUCACGAUUCUCGCCAUUAUCGUCGGCUUUGGAAGUUGGAUCAGCGUCGCACUAUCGCCGGUCGAGAUGGGUAUCGCAACCGACGCAAUCCAGCUCGCGGUCGUCUUUUGUGCCAUGUUUGCCAUCGCGUGCUUCAUCACCGCGGGGCCCAAACGCCUCGCGCAACAGGUGACAAAAAAUAAGCUCGCACAAAAAGUUAUCGGCUACACGAAGACGGAUCUCGCGAAGGCUCUGUUAUUCUGCGCGACGAUGACUCUGAUUCCAUUCGCACUGGCCGUAUCGGCGGUAAGCGCCUUUGCUCGGCGACUCGGAUUCAGCUUGCACAAGAAAGACCCCGACGCACCAAAGGAUGGUUUUAUCACCUCGGAGUCUCGCGAGAUGCUCGCCUGGUGGUUUGCCCAACCGACAAAGAUAUUCAAGUACUCAGCGUACAUUUCUCUCUUUUAUUUCGUUUUCUCCAUCGGUGUCGGUAAGAUGGCUGUUCUCUUUUUGGCUUGGCUCGUCGACGUCCUGGGCUCGCUGAACGAAAUCACCGUAAUCUUUGUCUUCAUCUUAAUCGGUGUAUGUAUGUUCCUUCUUCCACCAGUGCCCGGUCCGCCCGUAUAUCUCACGGGCGGCAUUCUGAUUGUUGGGCGACUUGAGUCAAAGAUUGGGUUUUGGCCCGCAACUUUACUGUGCUGCGGUAUUUGCUGGUUCACGAAACUCCUCUCGUGCGCUCUUCAGCAAAAGAUGAUUGGCGAGCAACUCGGCAAGUAUCCGUCGAUUCGAUAUACGGUUGGAAUAAACUCGCUUCAGAUGCGAGCGAUCCGCUAUUGCCUAGAGCAAAAGGGUUUCUCCCGGGAGAAAAUCGCCAUUUUAUGCGGUGGACCAGACUGGCCGACGUCUGUGCUGUGCGGAAUUCUGAAGCUGAGCGUGAUUCAAAUGAGCAUCGGUACGAGUCCAGUUCUCAUACUUUAUCUCGGAUACACCACCGUCGCCGGGGCGCUCCAGUUGAAAGUGGGUUCAUGCGGCGACAGUACGGGUGCUAGUAGCUCUAGCACGUGGGGGUUGCUGAAUUCACUGUUCCUCGCCUUGGCGUUUGUGAGCAUGUUGUCCACGUCGAUGGCCGCCGUUUACUAUAUGGAGCAAACAAUAAUGAAUAAACGCGAAAUUUUAGACGAAAUGCCCGUGGACGAAGAGGUCGAAGAGUUGGAUAGGCUAGACAGAGUGAAGGAGGAAACGUACGCAACAGCGUCGAAAUGGGAGAAUCUCUCUGGGAGGAACAAGUUUUUCAUCGUCAGCGCAGCAGUGAGCGGCAUCCUUAGCUGUCAACUUGGCGUCGUGCUCGCACAGCGCUCAUUCAGAACAUUCUCUGUCUCCUGUCCCAUUGCGUUGACGGACGUCGUCUUGCCUACAGGAUGGCUCUCCAUCGGUUUGAUUGUCGCCUGUUACGUUUUCACAAGCUUAUUCCGAUCGAGUGUCGGUCGCCUCGUGCAAGCGGAACUUACGAGGUCGCAGGGUAUCGUGAGCGAAGAGACGAAGCGCGUCGAUAACGCGUAA